UCCACAGCUGAUUUCCGUGGAUGGCGUGUUUUCGUAGGAUCCGAUGUACGUUCUCACCCCUCCGAUGCAUGAAUGCACUUUUCGUCGCGCUCGAACCAGCCGUGGUACACUGACACACUGCUUCCCCUGUUAGCAGACGCACACGUCAUGGCCCAGGCUACACAGAUGAACGUCCUCGACAUUACAACGCCCCUCAGAGUGGAGCACGACAAGAAAAGACGACAAUUCAGCAUCAGACUGAACGGUUCCCAUGACAAGGCUGUGCUGCUCUAUGAAUACGUGGGGAAGAAGACUGUGGAUCUACAGCACACUGAGGUUCCUGAAGCAUACAGAGGAAGAGAGAUUGCCAAACACUUAGCCAAGGCCGCGAUGGAUUUUGUAGUAGAGGAGGACCUGAAAGCUCACUUGACCUGCUGGUACAUCCAAAAAUUUGUCAAGGAAAAUCCCCACCCCCAUUACUUGGAGCACGUGCUCCAUUGAAAGGAUUACAGAAAUGAGGACAGGAAGUGACCUUCUCUCAAUUCAAGGAUGAUUUGGGAUUGGGUGGGAUGGGUAAUAGUUGGUUGAGGGAGCACCCCUGACAUGUCUGACUGGUCUUGAAAACUCCACUAAAAAGAGAUUUAUUGUUGUCUGUGAUCCAGAGUGAAUGAGAUUUAAGAACAGAAAAUUUCUGAAGCUAUACAAUGAGUUUUAAAACCCUGUUCACCUCAUGGACAUGGAGAAAAGUGUGGAGUAUGAGAUGAGCCAGAGAUUCUGUCUCCCAGUAAUUUACAGGGUUUUUGGACUUUCAAGCCAAUUCAUAGAAGUGAAAGCAUAGCACCCAUUAUGAACUCGCAUUAUCAACUGUUUGAUAUGGUCAUAGGGGUGUCAUUGGACUCCAUAUGAAUGUCGUAUGCCUUCAGGUUUAGUGGUGCUUAUAAGAAAGAUACACAUGUACUUGUGUUCCCACACGCACACCCAGGCUCUCAGACCAUUCAAAGUGCACAUCCAGCCUAGCAUAGAGACAGCACAUUCUGCCAUCCCAAUAAUAAGAAACAGCUGUUUUAUUCUGUGCAUGUUUUAGGCUUACUUUGUGCUUCUGCAUGUGUCUUGUAUACUAUGGCCAGUGAGGAACUCCGACUCAGCCAAUAAGACAAUCGCCCACUCCUAUGAUACGCAGGGCUGAACCUCUCAGGAUGCAUACUUUAUGAUAACAAUAACGCACCUCUACCUAGAGGAUUCUGUUACAUGUGAUUGUGUAUGUGUGAUAGAGAUACAUUAAAUGAGUGAAUGUAUUAUUGUAACUUCCAGAAUUCCCAGGGGUCUAUCAAUGUCAGACCAACAUCAAUGAGCAGAGGUCAUCUUUAAUAGAACAAAUUACUCUGCUGUGUGACCUUGGAAGUUUAUUAUGUAACACAAACUAAAGAUGGAAUUCAUCAAUUUUUACACUCUUAUGUAUUCUUAAAGUUACUCUUAAUGGUUUUGAAUAAAAAAAUAAUGAUU